AUGCUCCGUAGCUUAGGUAUUCGGAGCUGCACCAAACCGUGCACAGGACCCCAAGGAAAUAUUUCCAUACAACUCAGGACAUCAACAUCAAGCUCAAAGAAGCCUCGUGCUUUUCCGAUCACUCCAUUCUCAUAUAUCGAUGAGGACUUCCUUUCGGUGGUGAACAGGCAAGAAAUUGCUCAACAUUUGGACAAUUUAGGUCCGUAUCCUUCGUACUCCAACAUAUUGAAUCCUCAGCACUUUUAUCAGAAUGAAAUUCUUAUGGAGUAUUCAAGAAAAGACCCACAUCCAGUGUCUUUAAGACAACUAGCAGGUUAUGGUAAGAAGCUCAAUAAAGAAAAGAUCUUAAACAGUGCUAACUUUGUAAGACUCGAGCUUCCAAUAAGGUUGGCCAUAAGAAUAAGGGAGUUGCAAACCUUGCCCUUUGGAAUUGUCAAUAACUUUCACUUUUUACAAAUUUAUGACAGCUAUUAUCAUCUGUUCAAUGCCUUUAGAAAGAUGCCUAAAAUCACAUCCCUUCCAGAGAAUGAAAAGUUCUGCAAACAAUUAUCUGUAUUAUUGGAUGAUCAUGUAUUCAACUUGUCUCAUUUGAUGAUGGGGGCUCUUGAGGUUUCCAUUCUACAGAAAUUUCCCCAAGAAGAGUUGGAUGAGUUUAUGAGCUCAAUGAUCAGGUCAAGAAUCAGUAGAAGAGUUAUUGUUGAAGAACAUCUUUCAUUGACGGAAAACUACAUGUCAAUGCCCCAGGAAGUAAAACCACCGGACUAUAUUGGGGAAAUGUUUGACCACUGUGAUGCGGUUACUCAUUUGAACGUGGUUGCUGAAUUGGUAAAAAACUCCAUGUACCCAAUAUAUUCCAACAAGGAAAACAUGCCCGACUUAGAGAUUGAAGGUGAUCUCAAUGUAUCUUUUCCGUUCAUGAAACCUCACCUUCAUUAUUUAUUCGGAGAGAUCUUAAGAAACAGUUACGAAGCUACUAUCAGAAAACAUGGAACCAAAACAUCCAAAAAACUUCCACCCAUCAAAAUCACCAUCAUAAACACUGCUCAAAGCAUAAUUUUUAGAGUAAGUGAUGAAGGUGGAGGUAUUAGCCAUGAUAAACUUGCCAAUAUUUGGUCGUUUGGAAAAAACCCCGAAUUCGCCAGAAAAUCUCUUGCCAAUUUCCACCGGAUUCCGGGGUUACAGUUGUAUUCUAAUUUGAAAGUUACUGCUGCUGGAUCAUCAGUAAUAGACGAAGAGAUGCUCAAUCAAACAGCCAUCGGAGAUAUCAAUAGUCACAGUUUGACCAAGUCCAAGAAGUCUACAUUGGAACGGUUGAUCACAAGAUCUCAUGAACACAAGCUUGGACUCGGAUUGCCUAUGUGCAAAGUGUAUGCAGACUACUGGAACGGAGAUUUGCUGAUGAACUCCCUUGAAGGAUAUGGCUCUGACACCAGCUUAACGUUGAGCAAGUUAGGAUUAUAUAGUUCCAAGACCCAACUUGAUAGAGCUUAA